AUGAGCACCAAUAGCCACCACCUUAAUAAUCACAAUAAUGAUAACGUGGUGGCCUCUCCCUCCCCUUCCGUGGCUGUCUCAGUGGAACCUUCCAAUGUCAAAACCAGAAGGCUCUACCAAGUUUGGAAAGGAAACAAUAAAUUUCUAUUUGGUGGAAGAUUAGUCUUUGGUCACGAUGCAUCAUCUCUUGUUUUAACGUCAUUCCUGAUUGGAGGUCCUGCAAUAACAUUCUGCAUAAGAAUGCUAUUAGCAAUAACAGAAGAAGACCCUCUCUCUAGCCAUCCUGUACUGAUUGGAGGAGUGAUUCUCACAAUUUUGGAUUUUAUUUUUCUCUUCAUGACAUCUGGUAGAGAUCCAGGAAUUAUCCCCAGGAAUUCACAACCACCUGAAUCAGAUGAAUUAUUUGAUACACCAUCCAUGGAAUGGGUGAACAGUAAAACACCAAAUCUGAAAUUACCAAGAGUGAAGGAUGUGAUAGUCAAUGGCCAGACAGUGAAGGUGAAAUUCUGUGAUACUUGCUUGUUGUAUCGUCCACCACGUGCUUCCCAUUGCUCUAUCUGCAAUAACUGUGUUCAGAAGUUUGAUCAUCAUUGCCCCUGGGUUGGUCAGUGUAUAGGAUCACGUAACUAUCCAUUCUUCAUAUUGUUCAUAUCAUCAUCAACCUUGUUAUGUAUAUACGUGUUUGCAUUUUCUUGGAUUAACCUUCUUCGGCAAGAGGGUAGAAUGUGGUUCAAGAUGUCACAUGAUAUCCUAUCUGUUGCUCUCAUUGUAUAUUGCUUCAUAGCCGUUUGGUUUGUUGGUGGGCUAACAGUGUUCCAUCUUUAUUUGAUUUCCACCAACCAGACAACUUAUGAGAAUUUCCGGUACCGCUAUGAUAAGAAGGAAAAUCCAUACACAAGGGGAAUAGUGACAAACUUUAAAGAACUUUCCUGUUCUAAGAUCCCAAGUCCUUUGAUCAAUUUUAGAGAAUGGGUUACAGAAGAGGAUGAUGUUCAAGAUGAAUCCUUUACUUCAGAUCUUGAAAAAGGUUUUAUAAACUCAAAACAAAAAUUUGACAUGGAAAUGGGAACAAUGUAUGGAAAGGAUGGUAUUCGAGUUCCUAGUAUUUUAGAGGAUUUGGACUAUUCAGGCAUUGAUAAUCAUCUGAAGAAGAAGGCAGGAGCAAAAGAUGCUGCAUUUGAUAUUUUUGUUCCUGCUGAUCAAGAUCUAAAAUAUUCUGAGUGGAAAUCCAAAAUUGGAGUUGAUGCUCGUGCAGGGAAGCAAUAG